AUCACACGAUAUUCAAUUGGACAUUGUAGUAGAUAUACACCACUGGUAUAUCGUAGAAGCUCACCGAAUUCAUCGAAAAUGGCAAGAGCAACACGCGCCAAACCCGCGCCAAAAGAGCCCACGCCCGAAUCAAUACCCUCCACCACACCACCGCUCCCAGAAGCCACAUCAAACCCACCAAAGCUGUUCAUCCUCCCCAAAGAUACGUCCAGCGAUGCACGAAUAGUCACACUCGACAAUCCUGCCGCCAGCACACCCUCACGCUACUACUUCUGCCCAUCGAAAGGCUUCUACGAGUUCUCACGCAUCGCCGCGCCGAAAAAGGCAUGCAGGAGUUGGUUGAUCACAAGCCAAGAGGUCAAGACAUCAGAAAAUGAAAAGAGCAAAGAGCUGGAAGAGCCAGGGAAGCAGGACGACUCAGAGGCUGGCCUAGGCAGCGGAUACACCACAAAGAACGCGGACUUGUUUCUCGCAACACCAGUCGAUUUGCUAUUCCUGAUCCUGCCGGCACUCGCACCAAAGUCCGCAAAAGAAGAGAAACAGCACUUCCUUGCGCUGGACGACUACACAGACAUGCUCUCCGCCUCCUCGCAACACUGGAAGACCUUACUCGCACAACACCCAUCACUCAAGCUCAUGCUAGAGAGGAAAAUGCGCACUCUCUGCGACACAGUCGACGCCGGCGUCGAAACAAUGUACCGCAUAUCGCACGCAAAACUACUCGCGAUACUAGUCAAGAAGGCAGAGCGUAUGGUGCAGAACAGCCUACCACCAAGCAUGGAAGAGAAGUUUGUCAAAAGCGCACUCGACAUACCAGUCAUGAGCAUCCGGCGCGAAGACAGCACGCUCAGCGCCGUGUCAGAGUCAGGCACAUCGACACCAGCAGCGGACAGCCAAGCCUCGACAACAGCGGAAGCAGAGAGCCAGGCCACAGACAUCACGACUCCAGACAAGGCUGAGGUGCCGGCGAAACCGUCACUGCAGACACCAGAAGGCAUACCGCACCUCCUCCGCCUGCGCACCGCCCUAUCCUACCUCACAUCCUCGUAUCUCCCCCCUUCUCUCGUUUCCACAAUAACUACCCUCCUCAGCACCCCAACAUCCCCCAUCGACUUCACCCCCCUAACCGCCCACCUCUCCACCAUCGCAAAGCUCAAAUCCGAAGCCGCGGCUUUACGCAGCAUAAGCGACAACAUCAGCCGCAAGCGGCAGUUCGAGUGCAAUGAAGACAAGAUUGCAGAAAGGGAGGAGAAGAAGAGGAAGAAGGAGGAGGAGGACCGGAAGAAGAAGAGCGAGAGCUUGGGUGUUAAGAAGUUGAGGAAGGUGGAUACGACGGGGAUGAAGAAGAUGAGUGCUUUCUUUAGCGUGAAGCCAAAGGCGAAAUGAAGAUCGGGAGGAAGGAGGGUGGGGUGUCGAGGGGAUUGGAUAGGUGGGAUAGACACCAUGGCAAUCGUAUGAGAACGUUGGGAUGUUCAUGCUUGUUUGGUUGUUUUGAUUCUAGCUAAGUGUGUUGUGGCCCCCAACACUCACUUCGUACUGCGUCUGCAAUGUGCGAGUGUGAGCCGAGCUGGUCCUGCCGGUGCUGAUGCUUCGCCACGCGCGCUAUGCAAUACGCAGAUGCCAUUUCCCCC